AUGUUCAAUUCCGAUCCGCGUCUUUCUGGGCAGCCUACAUCACAGCCUACCAAUGCUAAAGUAAAGGUCCCCCGGUCUGGCUAUCGAGGCACGACUUCACAUCCGUCCAAUGUCAACGAGCCUGAUCCAAACGGAGAUGUGACUUUAGUAGUUUCGCCACCAGUACAUCCACCCCUGUAUAAGCAACAUCCCAGCUCAUUCGGAACGAAUGUCAAGUCAUCUUUUUCAUUUUCAGCAACUCUUGCAAGCGCGCCUGCCACGUCAAUUGGACCAACAGUUUCGAGUACGCCAACCGAGUCGAAACCACCAAAGACCCGCUUUCGCGUCUCAUCAAAACAACUAAUGCUGGCCUCGGCGUACUUCGAAAAGAUGCUUACACCCCGCUGGCAAGAAGGUCAAGCACUUGGUGCUGGUGGUUCGAUCGAAUUGAACAUUCCUGAGACAGACCCAUAUACACUCUUGAUCAUAUUGGACAUUAUCCACUGCCGCAGAGCACGGGUUCCUCGCGUUGUGAAUUUUGACAAGCUGAUUGACCUGGCUGUUUUGGCCGACUAUUUCCAAUGCCACGAAGCCCUCGAACCUUAUCCAUCAAUAUGGCUUGAAUCAUUGAGGGAAGAAGUUCCUUCUGUGCACUCUAAUAUGCUUGUCAAAUGGAUUUUUGUCUCUUGGGUCUUCAACUAUGAUGCUAUCUUCUCAAGGGUGACCAGAAUUGCACAACGCCAGGCGACAUACGACAUUUACCUCUUGGAGCUGCCCAUACCGGAGUCUAUCUAUGGUGCAAUCAAUCAUGCCAGAAAAACUGCUUUGGCCUCAAUUUUCGGUGCUCUCAAACGGCGUCGGGAAUACCUGGAAACCAAUACUCGACCAACAUGCUGUGAUGAUUGCGACUCAUUACACCUGGGGGCACUCAUCAGGCUAAUGAAAUCCAACAAUCUCAAUUUAGAAUAUCCAUACAUAGGCCUCUCUGUCGAAGCUGCUGCUGAGAAGGUGUCCGGUUUCAAACAACCCCGCAGCAUCCACCCGACACCAGCACCUGUUGCAUUUGCGUCAUAUAAUCGACUUUGCGAGACGAACUCUAGGCUUCUCGGUGAAGGCACAAAACAGGAAGUUGAAAAUGCUAUCUCCGUACUCCAGGGUCUUGAUUUGAGCUGA